CUGCUUUAGCAUUUAAUAAUCCCACAAAUCCUCAGAUCUCCCCCACACCAAUUUCCACCAAACCAAAUUUACCAUUUCUCUCUAAUGUCAAUCCAACCCAAUCCAAUUCAUCACACCCAGCCAUGAGUAACCAGGCUGAAGCUUCGGACUCGAAAGGAACGAAGGGGAUUUCAGUACGGCGAUUGUAGAGAGGAAGAAGUCGCCCAAUCGGCUCGUUGUCGAUGAGGCAAUCAAUGAUGAUAACUCCGUCGUGGCCCUACACCCGGAAAGCAUGGAAAAGCUUCAGCUUUUCCGCGGCGACACCAUCUUGAUUAGGGUUCUUUCCCUCUUUCUGGGAAUGGGUUUCAGAAUUGUUUGAUCGUUUUCGUAGCUGGCUUUGACUUGAUUUUUCAUUAUGGUUAGAGUUUGUGAGGAUGUGUACAUUAGUGGUCUGGAUGGUAUAUUAAAUGGUAAUUUUAGACUACUCGAUUGAGCGGUUUACUGGAUCUGUGAAAUUUUGGUAAUAUUUUUGCUAAAGAUGGAUUUUUGGAAACAUUUGCUCGUGAAAUGCACAGUGGAGAUUAGCUAGGGAUAAUGUAGUAAGUAAAACUUUAAGCCUUAGUUACUGUGUUUAGCUGUGUCAGUGCUUAUCCAUUCUGUUUACUUGCAAUUUUGCUACUAUUGAAAGGCAAAUUAGCCCAGGUAUCUUCUUGCUUUAGAAUAUAUGCUAGUGGAUAUUUGGAAUAUGCACCCGUGAAUAUGGGGUAUAAGUUCCUGUAAAUCUUUUACUUGAUUAUCUUUUGAAUCUGAAGACUUCCAUUUUCCUAUCAAAGAUGCCAAGGAACUACUUUGUGUGAGCUAGCAAUUGUAAAACUUUUUUUGUGUCGCGCAGGUUGGGGAGCUAUAUUUAUCUUCUUGUGAUUUGGAGUAUACAUGUCCUGUUUAAACAUGUCCAAGGUCAUUAAUAUCUUAGCAUGAGAUUAAUUGCAGAUUAGUGCUUUACAAACUGGACAUGGUCCACAAGAAAUUUUUCUUUUACUGAUUCCAUUUUUUUCUGUUUCUCUAUCAAUGAGAUGCUAUUCUAAGAUUCCAAUUCCCAUUUCCCAACGUUGCAUUCAUUAUAAAAAUAGAAAUGCAAGUGCAGCCCAAUAAAGGAAUAACCAACGACUUUCUUUUGCCUUCAAUUAUUGGACACAGAUUUGCGAGCUCCUCUACCGCUGCCCACCCAUUACCCAACACCAACCAUCUAUCGCUCGUCCCCCAGAGGAAAAUGGCCGGCACAUACCGGAAACCCCAUGCAAUUAUGAUCCCAUAUCCUUAUCAAGGUCACAUUAACCCCUUUGUACACCUAGCGAUCAAGCUUGCCUCCAAAGGUUUCAUAAUCACUUUUGUUAACACCCAAUCAGUGCACCACCAGAUCUCCAAAGCACAAACGGGCUGCAGAAGAGAUGACAUUUUCGCCAAAGCCCGUCAAUCUGGUCUGGACAUACGUUACGCCACCGUCAGUGAUGGGUUCCCGCUUUCUUUUGAUCGAUCCUUGAACGAGGAUCAAUUCGUGGAAGGCUUAAUACAUGUUUUCUCUGCCCACAUCGAUGAACUAGUGGGAAAUUUAGUAAAUUCGGAAACAGAACCUCCAGCUACAUGCUUGAUCUCGGAUACGUUCUUCGUGUGGGGAUCUGUAAUUGCCAGGAAACAUAAUCUCGUCCACGUUUCUUUCUGGACCGAACCAGCUUUGGUCCUCACUCUCUAUUAUCACUUGGACCUCCUCAGGCGAAAUGGCCAUUUCGCCUCUCCUGUGAAUCGCAGGGACAACAUAGAUUACAUUCCAGGAGUUAAAGCUAUCGAGCCCGGAGACCUGAUGUCAUAUCUUCAAGCCACCGACAUCUGGACGGUGGUGCACCAGGUAAUUUACCAGGCUUUUGACGAUGUGAAAAGAGCCGACAUCAUAAUUUGCAACACUGUCCAAGAGCUGGAGCUGGAAACAAUCUCAGCCCUUAAUCGCAAACAGCCAACCUAUGCCAUUGGGCCCGUCUUCCCAGCUAGCUUUACCAAGAGCAAUGUAGCCACUAGUUUGUGGUCUGAGUCAGACUGCACUCAGUGGCUUAACGAUAAGCCUGAUGGGUCAGUUUUGUACGUCUCAUUCGGGAGCUAUGCUCACACCAGCAAACAAGACAUUUUGGAAAUGGCCCAUGGGCUCUCAUCAAGUGGGGUGAGUUUUAUUUGGGUGGUUCGUCCAGACAUUGUCAGCUCCGAUGAAACUGAUUUCUUGCCCGUUGGAUUUGAAGACCAGAUUAAAGAUCGUGGUCUGAUUGUACCGUGGUGUUGCCAGAUUGCGGUGAUAUCACAUCCUGCGAUCGGGGGUUUCUUAACUCAUUGCGGAUGGAAUUCGAUAUUGGAAAGUAUAUGGUGUAGCGUGCCGUUGGUUUGUUAUCCACUGGUUACUGAUCAAUUCACCAAUCGUAAGUUGGUGAUCAAUGAUUGGAAAAUUGGAAUUAACCUUUGUGACAAGCAGGCGAUCACUAGGGAUGAGGUCGUGGAGAAAAUUAGUCUUUUAAUGAAUGGACAAGUUUUGGAUGAGUUGAGAGCGGCAAUCAAGGAAGUCAGAAAGAAAUUAGAACUUGCACUGUCCACAAAUGGAUCAUCGGAGGGCAACUUCCAUCAGUUUGUGGAGAAAAUCAAGACCCAAAUGCGGGAGAAAGUUGGGAUAGCUGCUAACGGACACCUUUCUUCUCGUUGACACAUGCUUGACAAAGGGUAUAUUGCGUUCUGCCUUGAGUUUCGGAAGCAAUGAAGGUUGGGAGCAAUUUUUUUUAAAAAAAAAAAUCUUCUCCCCUCUCAUCACGUCCUUGUUCCUCUAACUGUCAUUUUAGAAUUUGAAGCUGGCAGAACCAACUCCGAUGGUUAUGUGGAAUUAUUGUUUGAUUAUUCUUAAUAGCACAAGUCUAGGUAAUAAAGCGAUUAUAUACUAUAUAUGCUACGAUACAAAAGACGAAAUUAGUUUUUUUUCUAAUGUUUGGUUUAGAGUAAACAUGGAGAUAUGGCAUGGUAUUAUUAUUUUUUUUAAUUUAAAGGAAGAUCUCAUUAGUCUUUGGAAGUGUAUUAUUUCAGCUGCAAUGCAAUUGUAAUGCUGUAACAAUUUG